AGCUUGUGACGUGCAAUCAGAUUCACCCUUCGUACGCCAGAUAUUUCGAGGCGAUUACAGACAACGUUGCAGAAUAUCAUAGAUUUGUCUCUUCGUCAAACUGACAGUCAUACAUGGAAGACAAAAACAAGGAAAUUAUUGUGUCCAUAACCUUAGCUCUUUCGUCUCGAGAUGGUCUACUGAAAAAGUGCGUCAAAUCAAAUAUCAAAGGCGGGGCAAACGCUGGCCAUGUGUCCUCAAAUGAAUAAAUAAUGAAAUUUAAGUUCUUCACGUUUUCGCAAACGGUCUAGUGUGGGUCGUUGAGCAUUCUUCAUCCUCGUUCUUGCGCCUGUUAUAUAUAGACACCUCUUCAACUUCUCGCAGAGUCGAAGCCCCGUUCAAGCGCAUUCGCAAGAUAAAUCUGAGGUUCAGAAUUCCCUACUACACGCAAUGGGGAGAAAAUUUGGUGGUGUGCGGUUCGGAUCCAGCGGUCGGAGGUUGGGACGUGAAUAAGGCGGUGCGUAUGGUGCCGUAUCACCAAGGGGACAUUCUUUACUGGCAUGCGACCCUCACCGUUGCACACGACUUCUCCUGCAACUAUAAUUAUUUUCUCGUGGAUGAACAGCGCAAUGUUCUCAAGCAGGAAUCUGGCAAACGACAAACUUUUACUUUGCCUCAAAGUCUUCCCGACGGAGCGUCUGUUGAUGUUUACGAUCUGUGGCUGGAUGGAUCAGCCCCUUCAUCCCUCCUUUCUAAAAGUGCCUUUCAGAAGGCCAUCUUUCACCAAGAUGAGAACAAAGAGAACCAUGAUGAUUUGAAAGCAACCAUUCAACAAGAUGAUUUCCUUGUAGAGACUUUCAACAUGCAAGACUCUGUCCUUGUUCGCUUCAUGCUUUGCUGCCCAAAAAUGGAAAGUGGAAAAAUUGCAUUCUUGACCGGCAGUGCAUCAGCACUAGGGAACUGGAAUUUUAAGGAGUCUGUAAGACUCUCCUAUUGUGCAGAUGCUUACUGGAAGGCUGAUUGUAUAAUUAAAAAGGAUGAAUUUCCAAUAAGAUAUAAGUAUUUUAUCAAGGAAAAGAGCUCAAAGACCAUUCCUGAAAUUGGUGCUGAUAGAGAGCUUAGCUGGGAUUCUACUCCAAGGAGAUCUGCUACAAUGAUUUUUCAAUCAGAUGGAAGCUUCAGGGAAAUGCCAUGGCGUGGUGCUGGAGUUGCAAUUCCGGUUUUUGCACUUAGAUCAAAUGAUGACAUAGGAGUAGGCGAAUAUCUAGACCUAAAACUGCUUGUUGACUUGUCAGUCAAAUCUGGCUUUCACUUGAUUCAGCUUCUCCCUGUGAAUGAUACUUCUGUUAAUGGGAUGUGGUGGGAUUCCUAUCCAUACAGCUCUCUUUCUGUAUUUGCCUUGCACCCAUUGUAUUUGAGGUUGCAAGCACUGUCACAAAAGAUACCAAAAGAAAUCAAGCAAGAGAUUGAGAAAGCUAGAGAGUGCUUUAACUUGAAGGAGGUAGAUUAUGAUGGUACAAUGGCUACUAAAUUAGCAAUUGCCAAAAAGGUUUUCUAUUUAGAGAAGGAUGAAGUGCUUAGUUCAGAUGCUUUCCAGAUGUUCUUCCAGGAAAACGAGGCCUGGCUGAAACCAUAUGCUGCUUUUUGUUUUCUUCGUGAUUUUUUUGAGACAUCGGAUCAUAGUCAAUGGGGACGCUUCUCUAAAUUUUCAAAAGAAAAGUUGGAAAAGCUGGUAUCAAAGGAGAGUGACCAUUAUAACACAAUUGCUUUUCAUUUUUAUCUCCAGUUCCACUUGCACUUGCAGCUUUCAGAAGCUGCAGAAUAUGCUAGAAGGAAAAAUGUAGUUUUGAAAGGAGACCUUCCUAUUGGAGUGGACCGGAGUAGUGUGGACACAUGGGUUUACCCAAAUCUGUUUCGGAUGAAUACAUCAACAGGUGCACCACCAGACUAUUUUGAUAAGAAUGGACAGAACUGGGGCUUUCCAACUUAUAACUGGGAGGAAAUGUCCAAGGAUAAUUAUGCUUGGUGGCAAUCACGGCUAACACAGAUGGGGAAAUAUUUCACAGCAUACAGAAUAGAUCAUAUUCUAGGCUUUUUCAGGAUUUGGGAACUUCCAGAGCACGCAGUAACUGGACUUAUUGGAAAGUUCCGCCCUUCAAUUCCUCUUAGUCAGGAGGAGCUUGAAAAGGAGGGUAUUUGGGAUUUCUAUAGGCUGAGUCAACCUUAUAUAGUUGAUCAUAUACUGCAGGAUAAAUUUGGAAGCAUUUGGGCAGAUGUUGCAUCAAAUUACCUAAACAAAAAUCAAUAUCAACGCUAUGAGUUUAAGGAACAGUAUAAUACAGAGAAGAAGAUCCUUGCUGAAAUAAAGACAAAAGAAGAGACACCAGAAGAGUUGCAGAAAGCAGAGCAACUAAGGAAAGGCCUGUUUCACCUAUUACAUGAGAUUGUCCUCAUUAGCGAUCCAGAAGAUCCAAGGAAAUUCUAUCCUCGAUUCAAUAUUGAGGAAACCACCAGUUUCAUAGAACUAGAUGAUCAAAGUAAAAAUGUUUUAAAAAGGUUGUAUUACGACUACUAUUUUCAUCGGCAAGAGAAGCUUUGGCGACAAAAUGCAUUGAAGACCCUUCCUGCUCUAUUAAAUUCAUCUGACAUGCUGGCAUGUGGAGAAGACCUUGGGUUGAUUCCGGCUUGUGUGCAUCCUGUUAUGCAAGAAUUGGGUUUGAUUGGCUUACGCAUUCAACGGAUGCCUAGUGAACCUGAUCUGGAGUUUGGUAUCCCUGCAAACUAUCCUUAUAUGACAGUAUGUGCUCCAUCAUGUCAUGAUUGUUCUACAUUACGUGCUUGGUGGGAAGAAGAUGAAGGAAGACGCAUUCGGUUCUUUAGGAAUGUGCUAGGAUACAGUGAAGCACCACCUGCUAAGUGUGAUCCUAAAGUAGCACUUGCAAUAAUCCAGCAGCAUGUUGAAGCUCCCUCUAUAUGGGCAAUUUUUCCGCUACAGGAUAUUCUAGCAUUGAAGGAAGAGUACAGCAAACGACCUGCAGCAGAGGAGACAAUCAAUGACCCAACAAAUCCUAAACACUACUGGCGCUUUCGUGUCCAUGUCAAUUUGGAGAUACUCCAGGCAGAUGAAAAUUUUCAAACAAUUAUUAGAGAUCUCAUCAAGAGUAGUGGAAGAUCAUACCCAACAGAAAAAAUGGGAGAUGUUCAAAGUAACCGAGAUGAAAGUGAUAACUCAGUAGAAGAGGCCAAUUUAAUGGAAGGUGCACGUGGAAAUGGUUAUGCAUCCUUGAAUUUUAUAGAUGGCCAAAAAACCCACCAAGUUUCUCACAAGGAGGGAGUCAUUUUUUGAAUGAAAUCAUGAAGAAAUUUAUAUCAUCAACCUAUUAUCUCAAUAACAUUCACAUUAUGUGAUCAUAGUUAGGUAUCUCCUUAUUUGCAAUCAAACUAUUGUCUCAAUAAUGUUCACAUUAUGUGAGCGGAUGCAUUUUCUUGUUUGCAGUGUAAGCUAAUAACACAAAUUUGCAUACAGAAGUACAUGGAAAUAGGUGGUUACGACCUGGGGCAAUGCUGAUAGAGAAAUGGUAUUCCAGUAGGUGGUCUCGGACAUAUUUUUUCUUCAAUAAUCAACAGUUUACAAUCUUCAAAAUGGUUUUGUUGAUAUUCACUAUUUCAAUUUUUUUGUUCCUGGCACUUGGGGAGAGUUGAUGGUACCUACCAUUAUUAAAGUUAUGUCUACUUCAUAUGGUAUGUAUUCUAAUAGCAAAUAAGUUUGGUUGAGAGCAUGCAUGCCAUGGUGAUCCAGGAUCAUCAAUUUCAAUUACGGUGGAUGAGUUCAUUGUAAACUGGACACCAAACAAAUUCGUGUGGCACUGCACAUCAAACCACAAUGCUUAAUAAAUAUGUUAUUUUACCA